AUGCAGAAGCAAUUGGGGUAUCACGCCAACCCUGAGAGGGAGGAGCUGCGGCAGGAUGUCAUCAAUAAGACGGCGGUUCGCAAUGCCGCACAGGAGCGUCUCCGGGGUCUGAUGCAAGAAGUGAAGGCUCAGCAGGAGGAGCUGGAACAUGUGCAAGACCAAAUCAGUGCAUUGUUGAGUAUUGGACAAUAUGUGGGUGAGAUACUUCGACAGGUGGAUGAAGAACGUUACAUUGUGCAGAGCAUCUCCGGUGCACGCCACCUUGUUGGGUACAAAAAAAGCAUCAAAAGAGAGAAACUUAAAUUUGGUGCCCGCGUGGCUUUAGAGAUCAUCACACUGACAAUCGUCAAGGUGCUGCCGCGUGCAGUUGAUCCUCAGGUGUACAACAUGCAAAUCACGGGAGAUGAGAAGAAUGUUUCCUUUCAGGAAAUUGGUGGAUUACAGGAGCAAAUGCGUCAGAUGCGAGAGGUAGUGGAAUUGCCACUGACGAACCCGGAGCUCUUCCUGCGUGUAGGCAUCACACCACCCAAAGGUGUUUUGCUCUACGGACCCCCUGGAACCGGUAAAACGCUUCUGGCAAAGGCGAUUGCAUCAAACGUGGAUGCUGCCUUUUUGAAGGUUGUGGCAUCGUCGAUUGUGGAUAAAUAUAUUGGUGAAUCUGCUCGGGUUGUGCGUGAAAUGUUUGCCUAUGCACGGGAACACGAGCCCUGCAUCAUCUUCAUUGAUGAGGUGGAUGCCAUUGGUGGGAAACGCAUUGAUGGGACGUCCUCUGACCGAGAAAUUCAACGCACCCUGAUGGAGCUGUUGUAUCAACUUGAUGGUUUUGACAAGCUGGGAAAAGUGAAGGUGAUUAUGGCAACGAACCGCCCUGACACCCUUGACUCGGCACUCAUGCGGCCUGGACGUCUUGACCGCAAAAUUGAAAUUGGUCUGCCGAAUGAAGCAGGCCGACUUGAUGUACUGAAAAUUCAUGCAUCAAAGCUUACCAAACAAGGUGACAUUGACUAUGAUUCUCUCGUGAAGCUUUCGGAGGGAUUCAAUGGUGCCGAUUUACGGAAUGUGUGCACUGAGGCUGGUAUGUUUGCUGUCCGCGCAGGUAGGGAUUAUGUGACGAAUGAGGAUUUCAACAAGGCGACGCGCAAGGUUGCUGAGGCGAAGAAGCUCGAGGGUGCUCCGCAUCAGUAUGCCGAUCAAUAA